AUGCCCAAGACGCCGCACACGCCGCCCAAGGCGCGUCGGAGACGGGCCUCAGACGAGUUCGACAACGAGACGGCCUUCCGGACGAGCGUCGGCGCGCUGCUGAGUGCCAAGGCACGACCGUACACGGUGUCGGGGCGUAUACCAGUGGAUCCUUCUGUGCUCACACUGUUCUUCCGAUCAAGAAGUGGUAUCACGCACUCCGUCGACUUUCCCAUUGAUAUCGAUCACGACUUGCCACCAGCCCUCGACGUUCUCAUCGCAGCAUGUCAACCACAUCCGUCAGGUCGGCCACUUCCGGUCGGGCUCGCGCGUCCACCGGGCAUGGAUGACUAUGCAUACCCGCAAAACGAGUCCCUCUUCUACCCCACUGACCUUCCGCUUACGGCUACGCUCGAGAUUGCCAACCACCCGAUUCUGGAGGCCGUCCGCAAUACUCUAUUCCCCACACUUCCCCUCGGUCACUAUCUGACAGCGAUACGAGACAAGCUCGAGAUAGUAUUGCAAGGGAACACGAUACCCGUGCAGCGGCGGCCAAACGAUGGGCGAGUGGCGACGAUCGUCGUAACCCUGCCUGUGCGCUUCCGCGGAGGAGCCUUGGUCGUGCGCAAUGCGGACGGCGUGGAGGAUAAAUUCUUCGGACGAGGAGGGAAGAGCGGCGAUAUGGAGUGGACAGCGUUCAUGGGCGACUGUGAUCAUGAAGUGGAACUCGUGCAGAAAGGCUGCAGGGUGUCAAUCAGCUACGCAGUGCAGCUGAGGACGUUUGGGCCGGCGUUGAUCCAGCCUAACCCACUGAUCACGCCAAGCGAUCGGUUCUUGGACCUGCUGUCGCCGAUUCUCAACAUGUCUCGAGGUCGCAGGAUCGCGCUCUACCUCACCGGCGACUAUGGAGUCAACCCGGGUGAGGUACUGGCAGAGUCGCUUGUGCCAUAUCUCAAGGGCGGAGACUCCGUUCUGUACCACGCGAUCAAGCUGUACAAACUCGCACCCGAACUGCGGUGGACAGCAGGGGGUUACAUCUGGCCAGUCGACCAGACGGUCGAGUUCUCAGGCGAUGUCGCGGAUAGCCCGAGCGCAUCGCACGUUCGUAUGCCUAUCUCCGUCGUUAACGGGGGGCGUGCUCCUCCUCUCAUGCGAGGUCCGUUUAGCUCGGGGGCGUCCGAGCCUGGCGAGGAAGAGGAGGACGACCUGCGGACACGUGUGGAGAAGAGCGGCGCGAUUCCGGUCUCGGAGACGGAUAUCAUGCUGCUGAACGACAUGAGCGUGGUGGGCCCGAUCUCGAAGGAGCGCGUGCCGUUCGUGCAGGCGGGCGAGAUGGAGAAGCUAGUGGUGAACGUGCUGGUGGUGGUGUUCGUCCCGUGA